ACAUCACCAUGAACCGGCGAUCGUCGCUGUCGGCGGAGCGCCUGGAAGAUACCCUGCAUGCUGCUGCUGAUAUGCUGGGAAGGGGAGAAGCUCCUCCAUCGGACAAAUGGAGUCGAUUCUUCGUGGAAGCCCUCGCCACGUCAAAAGACAAGUUUGCGGCAUUCGUGACACAGUAUGGAAUUCCCCAUGAGAUGGCUGAUUCGGUCCGCGAUAUUGUUGACGCACGGACGCCCGACAUCCAGAGAUACAUUGUUCGUUACCUAGCGUCGAUCUCCAAGGCGCAAUUGUUGGACUUCGACUACUCCGCUCGAUUGGUUCUGUCGAGUAGCACCCUUCACGGCGAAGUCCACCCAACGCUGUUGCUGAAGCUGCACUUGUCCGGCGACAGAGAGGUACAUUGAACGCGAACGAGACACCAUCUCGCAUCUUGCAUGCACAUGCAGGUGACGUUGGAGCUGAAUCAAGCGCAACUGGACGAACUCGUCGUAGAGUUCGAUGCGAUCGAAGCGGCGCUCUCGUCGCUCGCUCCAAGUGAUUCCGGCGUUGCUCCAUAAUGCAAGGAUUUGUAUAAAUGUGUCCUUUAUGGUACCAAAACGUACAUACUCGCGGCGCGAAGCCCUGCUUGGACGCGCGGAAAGUAACUGAUGCAAUACCAUGCCAACGUUGCGCAUUGCAUGCACACCGACAGAAGGACGAGCAUGGAUCGAAACCACAGGCCGGGAUACAGUGCAAAGAAGAGCGUGAGCAUGAUGGAGCACAGGUACAUGGCCAAGCACGUCGCUCGGUUCGAGUUUGCACGCAGGGUGUCAAGUUGCUGCUUGAUCGGCGCGACAAACAACGUCGAUCCCAUGAAGACAAUGGACCCUGUCGAGUAUAGCAAGCCAAACGCAGCCAUCGAGAACGGAAACCUGCAUCAAGUACCCGCCAUAAGCACGUUGUGACAGUCGUUUUGGCGCUCGUCGGUCGGAGAGAUUGCACAUGACGACACCAAUCGCAGAACAAGAACUGUGCAACACAUGUACGUACAUGAGAAACGAGGCAAGG